GGACAGCAUCAUUGUCGUGUUGUGCGAGAUCCUAGCCAGUAUACUAAAAGUGCUGCGGUCAUUUUUCAAAAUUACCGAAAGGAAUUUAGCUCUUUCCAAUACUUCCCCGAGAUGAAAUUGCGUCCUGAGCAACAAUUAUGGAUUUAUCAUAAUCGACGUAGUCCAGUUUAUAAUCAACAAGCUCAUAUUAAAAUUUUACGCUUUCAUUUGGCCAUGUUUAAUCUAGUAAUGAGUCAUACUCAUGAUGCUGAUUUAAUCCAUCAUUAUGGAUCGAUUACAAAAGGCAAUUUUCAGCAGCAGUUUGAUCCACAACGAAAUUAUGCUCAAGGAAAGACAAAAUUAAUGGCAUAUUAUUCAGCAAGAUGCAAUCAUCAAACCAAAACUUUCCUAAAUAAUUUACGACAAUUUAUUCCAAUUGAUGCUUAUGGACCAUGUGGGAAUAUCACAUGCCCUAAUGGGACUCAACACUGUAUGGAAAUGAUUGCUCGAAAAUAUAAGUUUUUACUUAUUAUGGAAGAUUCUAUUUGUCGUGAUUAUGCUACUCAGGAAUUGUAUACCCGUGGUUUAAAAUAUGAUAUUGUGCCUGUGGUUGUUGGAGGUGCCAAUUAUGAAGAUCCAAGGACUGCACCUCCGUAUUCUCUCAUAAAUGUUUUCAAUUUUGCUAGCAGCUAUCAACUAGCAAAGUAUUUAAAACAACUCGAUAAUGAUGAUACAUUAUAUAAUCAUUAUUUCAUGUGGCGU